GGGAGGGGGGACGGCAGAGGCCGGCCGACCGGAGAAUAAAACGGGGACAGGCGAAGAGCAAAAGAAAAGUCAGCUAACGGAGGACUCAGAAUAAGAAAAAUAACACAUCAGGCACCCUGGGAGGGAGACACAUGAGCAGAGAUGGAGGGAGAGAUGGAGGAACAGGGAGAGAUCAUCCAGAGAGGGACGACUCCUACCCGGAGUCACACAGUGACUCAGAGCUGCGCCCAGGAGAGCAACGAGCCCCGAAACCUCCAAGAACCAGAGGAGGAUGACCAGGCCGAGACCCAAGCCUGUGACGGAGGGGUAGAGCCAAGCCAGGUGGAGGAGGAUCUACGUCUCUGUGAUGCAGAGAGCUUACCACAGGAGACACCGAUAGCCACAGACACGCAGGAUGUCGCCCACGGCCUCCCAUUGUACCCCAUGCCAACAGAGGAAGAGAUGACCCCCCCUUCAGUGUCAUCCCAUCCCUUGAACACACAAAAUCGCUCGUCUGAACCCUGCUGGUAUUGCCGGAGGUCUCUUGACUCAGAGUAUCGUCCCGAAACUCCUGAACAGGAAGAGUCUGGUCCUUUGUCACCGGCGCUCCCUGGUGACCAGAAAGUGAGCUACCAGACAGACCCUCGACCUCACUUUGGAGUAGCUUGUUCCUCCCACUCCACCUGUCGCCCUCUGUGGGGCAGCGAGGGGCCCUGCUGGGGGCCGAGGAGCCAGGACGUGCUCGAUCAGACAGACACCUGCCCUCACUGUCAUUUGGGGUUGCCCCCUGACACACUGCGUUGGCAUGAGGCAAAGUGUCUACAGUUUGAAGGGGUGAAGAUCCCAAAGAAAUAAAUGAAGGCAACAGCAAAAAUAUUGUUUGUACUUUAAAAAAAUAAUACUGUACCUCUUGGUAUUAAGGCAAUCAUUCUCACAUAAUGGUUAUUUGCAAUAGCAAUUUCUGCUCUGAAAUAACUCUGUUUACAUCUAAAUUUAACCUGUGUUUAAUUCAUGAUGUAUUUUUAAUAUGUUAUUAUAA